AUGGCGCUACUGGCUGAUGCAGCCGGGUUGCCAAAUCCUCGUAUCGAACCUGGGAAAAGGAGCUGGUGGGGAACCCAGAUUUCUGACAUUACGGUCAACGUUGAGAGCUUGGAAGACUCGGAAAGCCAACGGCUGGGGAUCUUGGGGUGCUGCAGUCGGGCAACUGGCGUGCUGAGAAGUUGUUGUGUCUGCUGCACCUUCGCAGUCCUGCUACCGGCGAUCUGCUUGGUAUUUGGCAGCGAGCUGGACGCAGCAACGUAUAGACUGGCUGUGAUGGCUGUUGGACUUCUGUUAUUGGCGAUCUCUUGCUGCCUCUGCUGCUGUUCGCUGCGGCACACUUGUUGUGAGGGCAUCUUCAAUCUGCCUGAGCCAGCGCCGCUGAUACCCCCGUUGUCCAAGACUCCUGGUGCCAAGCUUGAAAUCAAGAAGUUGAUGCUGGUAUACAAUCCCAAUGCUGGCAAGCGACAGGCAAAGAGGAUUCUGGAGGAGAUGGUGCUGCCAGGAUUGCAACAGCGUGGAAUCGAGUGCACGACAGUCGCAACUGAGAGUGUGGGGCACGCUCGUCAUCUGGGAAUGACGCUUCCACUGGCGGACUUCCAGGCCGUUGUAACGCUCGGGGGUGAUGGCACAUUCCAUGAGCUGGUGAAUGGAAUGUUCUCACGAGAAGAUGGUAAACAAAUCCCGGUGAGCCUCAUCCCAUUGGGGACUGGGAAUGGCUUGUCGGCGACACUGCGACAAAACAUUCGGCGACAGGGUGAGGAGGUGUCAGUCUGGUCAGAGAUGGAUGCGAUACUGGAUUGGUCUCUGGACAGGAUAUCUGCUGGCCAUGUUGCUCGCGUCGACCUGCUUGAGGUGGAGGUCAUGAACCGUCGGCUGCUGGCAGUGAUGAUGGUCUACCUCGGGCUCUUUGCUGAGGUGGACGUCGUCGCUGAGCCGAUGCGAUGGCUUGGGCCAGCACGCUUCGACAUUGCUAGCAUCCUCAUGAUUCUGAAGCAGCAGCCACAGACCCUCAGGUGCAAACUCACCUUCGCGGACGGAACGGUGCAGGACGACAGCUUGUCGACGAUCGGAGCAUGCAUGGGCCUGUGCCAGCAUUUCUCAGACAAGCUCCGGUCCGUUCCACAGGCGCAGCUCGAUGAUGGUCUGGCGGAGUUUUCUGUGCUCUCUUCGGGGGCUACGGUCGACCAGACAUUCGCAGGUUUUUUGAAGCUGCCGAACGGUGCGCACACCGGUGACAAGGAUGUCUGGGACUCCAAGCAGGUCACCAGUGCCGAAAUCAUCUUUGACGGGCCCGGCAUUUUCAAUGUCGAUGGUGAGGUUCUGGAGCAUGAUGGCCUGCUUCGCAUCCGCGUUCUGCCUGCAGCGCUUCAACUGCUCGUCGGUAAGGACGAAGCCUCCUCUGCCGGCCCAGCCGAGGAGGCUGUUCUACCCACGUGGAGCGCUGAUCCGGCACGCUGGCGGAUGCUGCUUCUCUUCAUGUUCGGGUGUAUGGCGAACCAGGCCAUGUGGAUUGGCUUUGCCCCAAUCGAAGCUGAUGUCAUGAAGGACUAUGGAGUAUCUUCAACAUAUGUGAACUUCCUAUCUCUGGUCUUCAUGAUUGUGUACUUGCCGGCCAACUUCCCAGCCUCAUACGCUAUGGAUGUCUUGGGCUGCCGAUGGGCCCUGCUGGUGGGUGGCUGCCUGCAGACGUUUGGAGCAGUCCUGAGGUGCCUGCCUGCUGAUCCCGUCACCGCCCGGUAUCUGGUGAUGGCUGGACAAGCACUGGCUGCUGUGGGACAGCCGUUCUUCACUGACAUGCCGCCAAAGAUCGCGGCAGAUUGGUUCCCUGCGUACCAGCGAGUGCUGGCAGAUACGCUGGCUUCGCUAUCAAUUUCUGUUGGUGCCGCCGUUGGAUUCAUACUGCCCGCGACGCUGGGCCUUCGUCAGAUGCUUUACCUCCACCUCGCCUGGUCGGCAUUGUCCCUUGGCCUCACCUUCCUCUUCUUUCGAGCGGCACCGGCCACGCCGCCGAGCCCCAGGAAGCACCACGAGGGCAAAUCCUUCGGCCUGGAACUUGCUGCGGCACUAUCCAACGGCAACUUGUGGUGCCUGAUCUUGUCCUUCAGCUGCAGUCUGGGAUCUUUCAACACCCUGAGCACCCUCGCUGCACAGCUCGUGGGCCCGUUUGGGUACAGCGCCGAUGAUGCCUCCAUCUUCGGUGUGGCUUGCACGAUCUGUGGUGUCCUCGGGGCUCUUGUUAUGUCUGUCAUCGUAGGUUUGACUGGGAAGCACAAGCCUGUCCUUACGACCUGCUGUGUGCUUUGCGUGCUCUUCGCGCUCCUUGCUGCUCUGACGGUGAUCUACGUGGGCGAUGGACCCGGGGGGCUGGAGCUUCUAGCCUUGGCCUUCGGAGGCCUUGGCUUCUCUGCAAUGCCCUUGAUGCCAAUCUCCUUCGAGGCGGCCAUCAUGGUAAGCCAGGCUGGUGAGGGCACGCUGGCCGGCCUCUGCAUGUCCGGCGGCCAGAUCCUGGGCAUAGGUCAAACUUUGAUCCUCGGACAGCUCCUCCAGAGUGGCCACCCGAAGAUAGCAUGGAUCAUCUCGGGUGGGUUGUUUUGCGUGGCCUUGCUCGCUGUGAGUUUGUUCGCCCCGAAAAGCAACUCCUUCCACUUGCCUCUUCCGGAAGAGUCCGAUGUUGAAGAGUCUCGGACUUCCUGCUCCUCGUGA